AAAUAGGUUUGCAAGGUAUAUAAACACACGAUCUAGGGUUUAUAAACUGCAUAAGUAGAUUUUGGGGCUGCGGCUGUCAAUUGUAGAAGAAUUUCACCGGAGAUUUACAUCUCCCGCCGGAAACCGCAACCAUGGCUAGAGGUCUCAAGAAGCACAUGAAGAGGCUCAAUGCCCCAAAGCAUUGGAUGCUUGACAAACUCGGUGGUGCUUUUGCUCCUAAGCCAUCAUCCGGGCCACACAAGUCUAGGGAAUGCCUGCCCUUGAUCCUCAUUCUGAGGAACAGGUUGAAGUAUGCUUUGACAUACCGUGAGGUACAAUCUAUUUUGAUGCAGCGUCAUGUUCUUGUUGACAACAAGGUCAGGACCGACAAGACUUACCCUGCCGGUUUCAUGGAUGUUGUUUCUAUCCCUAAGACCAAUGAAAGCUUCCGUCUUCUUUAUGACACCAAAGGUAGAUUCAGGUUGCACUCAAUCAGAGACGAGGAGUCAAAGUUUAAGUUGUGCAAGGUUCGUUCAGUCCAGUUCGGUUCAAAGGGCAUUCCGUACAUCAACACUUAUGACGGUCGAACCAUCCGCUACCCAGACCCACUUAUCAAAGCCAACGACACCAUUAAGCUCGAUCUAGAAUCAAACAAGAUCGUUGAUUUUAUCAAGUUCGACGUUGGAAAUGUCGUCAUGGUAACUGGCGGAAGAAACACAGGCCGUGUCGGAAUCCUCAAGAACAGAGAAAAACAUAAGGGCAGCUUCGAAACCGUUCACAUUCAAGAUGCUACCGGUCACGAGUUUGCUACUCGUUUGGGUAACGUGUUCACCCUCGGAAAGGGUUCGAAACCAUGGGUCUCUCUACCCAAGGGUAAGGGUAUCAAGUUAACCAUCAUUGAAGAGGCUAGAAAGAGGCAGGCUGCCCAAGAGGCUGCUGCUUAGAUUGUGUUUGGUUUCAAAGAUUAUGGUGGUAUGUUUUUGAUUUCGGUUUGUUGGGAAGUUUUUAACUGCUUUUGUUAUGGUACAAUUUUGAACCUAUGUUUUGAUGUUGAAUUGUUUUGGUUAUAAAUCGGUAAACUUUUGCUCCUAAGUUUAUGAAUGUUAGUUUUUCACUGUUGAA